UGCUUUUUUUUAUUCUGGGGUCGGUUUUUAAGUUUUUUGAAACCGUUACCCAUUUGAAUGUAUUGUUAAAGCAAGAACUAUAAAUUCUACCAUUACUUUUAUGCUUAAUUAUUGUAAACAUGGCUUCACACACUAUAGACCCCCAAGCAACUACAAAAUUACAAGAUCCCCAACUCACUGCUAACGAGUUUGGAAAGGCCUACUACACUAAAUUAGUUACCAGCCCCGACGAGAUAUAUAGUAUGUAUGCUCCAAACGCCCUUCAUAGGUCCUCCGAUGAAGAUAAGGGCGAAACUCUUACUGUUUCUUCUGAGGAUCUAGAAGAGUUUAAACUUCGUAUUGUAAUGGCCUUUAAGAGCUUUGGGAUAAAGAAAAAUAAAGUGCUUUUCAAACUCCAUAAUAUUACUGGUGUUUGGUCUUCCGUCGAGAGCUUGUUAGUGACAAGCACUGGCGUGAUGGCUUUAAUUGGUGAAGAUGAACAAAUUUCUUAUCGCUUAUUUACUCAAAGUUUCAUACUAACUUCUUUAGCGCCAAAUACUAUUUUUAUUUUUAGAGAUGUUUUUUUUCUGUUUAAUUCCAGCUUGGUCAACAAAGAUAUUUAUUCUGAAUUUAAAAGCCCUUCUUUAGUUUCUGCUGCCACAAAGACAGAUCCCUUAGUAGCUUCUGAAGUUAGUGAUUCUCCCAGCGUAUUAGAAGCUACUCCUGUUGGAUCUGAAAAUUCUGCACAAUCUGUUAUAGAAGAGCCCUCUGUUUGUAGACAAGUGCAAUCCGAACAACAUGAGGAAGUUGUCUUGGAAGUACACAAAGACCUUAAAUGUACUGAAGAUAUGCAAUCUGAAGAUUGUAGAAAGAUUUCAAAUUCUGUUGAGGUAAACGCGGAAACCAAAGACGAAGAGGAGCUUCACCAUACUGAAAAAAUUGAUUUGGACCCAAAUUCUUUACGUUCUCAACGAAUUUCUUAUGCGGCUGCUGUAGCUGUUGGACUCCCUAAGUCAUUAAAAAUAGUGCAUGAGAGUUCUAAAUCUGUAGGAAUUUCGAGUACUCAAGGAAAAAAUAUUGAAGAAAAAAUUAAAAACGAACCUAAUGAUCCCGUUGAACAUCGCAUUGGCCAUAAUAAUGCCGGAAGAAAUGGGCGCCGUAAUAGCCGUAUUAAUUCUAGCAAACUUAGUAGCCUACAUUUGCUUAGCGAAAAUAAUAAAAAUAGUAUUAAUAGUGAAAGUAAUAAUAACAAAACUUCCAAGAAAAACACUACUAACUUUAUAAAACGUAAUAAUAAACCAAACAAAAAUUACAACGAUUCACAACAUCAGAAAACUUCUACAAAUAUCAAUUAUGCAAAUCAACCUGAUACUAAUAAAGCUGUGAAUAAUAGUGAUAAUUCUUCUAGUAAUCGAAGAAUAGCUUCCUUUAAAGGUUCACAAGAUUCUUUAGCAAACUUUAAGAGUAUUUUUUCUUGCCUUCGCAUUUUUAAUCUUCCUUCGAGCGUGACGUUUGAGCGGUUGCAGAAAUUGUUUGCUUCCCGCAUUUCCAAAUCAGGACAUAAUGAAAUUUUCACCAUUAACAUCAAAGUUGAGCGCGAGUUGGCUUUUGUGGAUUUUCGCGAUCCCCAUACGGCCAAGUGGUGCUAUGAUAAUGGGCCUUGGGAAAUCGACGGCGUACAAUUGCGCUACGAUUUGCGCCCCUUGAGAUCUUCUUUUCAACGACAGCUAGAAAAUCAAAAUCGUGGAGCUCGCCAGCGCAGAAUGCGUAAUAAUUUGAUCGAAAUGCCUUUAAAGCGAGAGCUUCCCAAAGCAGUAGUUAGUCACUAAUUUACGUCAUGCGGAAAACGGCACCUAUGCAAAUUUAUAGCAGAU